GACCGUUAUACCACGGACUCGGAGUGUCUAGAAGCGGAGCACCACGUGGUGUAUUCCCAUUGGAUUCAAGAACCAAGAAAACAAACUCCUUUUCGUCUCUUACUUUCUCCGCGGGCGGAGUUUCUGGGUUUCUCUUUCGCUUUUCUGCAUUCCGUCGAUUUCGAUUCUUGGAUUACCGCUUUUUUGCAAGAUUGAGUCUUCUGGUACUUCAAAUGCCUUCACCAAUCUCGCCUCAGUGGCAUGACAAGGCUAGUGAUUUCUUUCAGUCCUCAGGAUGGAGAGGUCAUGCCCAAAUAUUGAUAAAUAGGGGUCAAGCUUAAAGAAGCAGGACAGUCUGCUGGAACAUUUCUUGGCGAGGUUGCAAAGGAUGCCAAAGAAAAUGCUACAGAUGUGGCAGAAAAAUUUGGUUCGGUAGUCAGAAGCCGGUGGGCUAGCUUCCAACAGCCAUCUACAAGGCAUGCUAUGCAGGAACAUCUUAUUUCUGCAGCUGCUACAACAAGCAUGUUUUUGAGGAGGGGUUUUUCGGAGACGAAAGAUAAGGUGGUUGUUGGAAAGACAAAAGUAGAAGAGGUGGCAAAGAAGACUGCUGAAAAGAGCAAGAAUCUUCUCUCUGACAUAGAGCGAUGGCAAAAGGGAGUUGCAAGUACUGAUGUGUUUGGGGUCCCAAUUGAGCUUGCUGUCCAACGCCAGCAGUCCAGUAUACCAAUUCCAAGUAUAUUGAUGAAAUGUGCAGAUACCCUCAUAUUAUCAGGGCUGAACUCCAAGGGGUUGUUCAGAGCACCGGGGGACAAAAAAGCUCUCCGGCAAUUAGUAUCCUUGUAUAAUCAAGAACCAAAUGCAUCACUACCAGAGGGUCUUAAGGCAGUUGAUGUUGCAGCUCUUAUUAAGUAUUAUAUUGCAAGCCUCCCUGAGCCAUUGACCACUUUUGAGCUGUAUAAUGAUAUAAAAAACGCUCGUUCCAGCAUCCAUUUAAUGAGAGAGAUUCUCAAGAAACUGCCUACUGUUAACUAUAUGACUUUGGAACUAAUUACUUCACUUCUUCUUCGUGUUAGCCAGAAAUCUCUUCUUAAUGGGAUGGAUGCUCGAAGCCUUGCAAUAGAAAUGGCCCCUAUCAUUAUGUGGCAGAAAGGCCACAGACCAGAACACUAUGAACACUUCUGUGAUCAACCAUCAAAACUUGAUUAUAAGGCUGAUGUAGAUUCUGCCUCCAACUACAGAGCAUUGGACAUGCUUCCAGAAGACGACGGUGCAACUCAAGAUGUAUCAUCCUCGAUUCCGCUCAAUGAUGGUGUGCCUCUAGAUUUUCACGCUAUUGAAGUUAUUCAGUGUUUGAUCGAGCAACACAAUGCAGUUUUCACAGAUGCAAAUGAAACUGUCUGGUGAUGAUUUGCGACUGUCAUAUCCCAUGCACUGCACACAUUCUUUAGACUAGACUAAGAAAAUAACAUGUCAGAAAGAAUUAGAAUUCUCUGUAAAAUCCUAUAGCUGAUGUGUUUCUCCAGCAAUGCACUUUGGUAGUAUCAUUUGUAAAUCUUUGUCUUCUCUGUUGUAACACAUUCUAGGUUCAACCAUCAAAAUGAUUGACAAUUCUUCAUUGUCAUAUUUGAUA